CUUCCGAAGAGCCGGGCUGGGCCUGCCCAAACCCGGGAGGCGGGGUCAAGUGUCCGGGGCCCCGCCCCUCGGCUUCCCGGGGGAGCUCUCGUCAGAGCCUGAGGCGGGGCCCGUGGGUAUUCAUCCCCCAUUCCCCAGCUGUUGGUGAGGGGUCUCCGGCCCCCUGCCCCUCCCUCGCUUUGCUGCCAGUGGCCCGGGAAGGGGGGCAGCAAACGAGCUAGAGAAGCCAUUCUCGGGGGCUCGAUGCCAUGCCCAUAGCUAGGCCCGGGAAGGCUCCGUGCCGAGUAGAUACGAGGUGAAAUGUCUGAAAAGCUAAGAAGAUGCAGAAAGGAGCUGACAGCAGCCAUUGACCGUGCAUUUGAAGGCAUCAGCCAUUCUCAAGAGUGCCCAAGUCAGCCAAAACCAGACUUGGAUACCUCACCUUCUUCCUUCACUAUUCAGAUGAAUAAACUUCUUUGCAGGAGAUAUCCUUCUACCACUUCCUAUGCUGGUCAGUUUGCUCCUGUUUCCUGUGCUCCUGAAAACGAGAACCCUGUCUUUGUACCAAACCAUAUCCCAAUAAAUAUGAAGCCACAUACUUUAUGCCCCAAAAGAAAACCUUUGACCAGCAAGGAAAAUGUGUUGAUACAUUCCUCGAUUUUUGUACCUGAAAGGCAGUUUCUGAGAGCCACUGGAGAUGGGGAAAGUUGGAGAAAAGAAAGUUUAAGGAAAGAUGUGGAUAGAUAUUUGAAGGUUGAAGCCAACGUUCCUCUCAACAAUUCCAACCAAGAAAUCACAAAGGAUCUACUCGAUAUGAUUGACCACACAAGCAUCCGAACUAUUGAAGAAUUGGCUGGAAAGCUAGAAUUUGAAAAUGAGUUAAACCGGGUUUGCAGUCGCUCAGAAGAUUCCCCCUUUAAAGAGGAAGUCCUGGCCCUCUUCAUGGAUGAGAGCCCACACAAGGCCACAGAAGCAGAAGCAAGCUGCCUAAAGCCAACUUUGGAUGACCAGAAUAUCAUAGAAACCGUCCUGGAUUUAGAAGAGGACUAUAAUUUGAUGACCUCUUUUAAAUACCAUGUUAAGUAAGAGUAGUUCAUUUUAGCUUCAGUUUUCCCCCCUGAUUUUUGCAGUGCUCAGUCAGUACUAGCUGGGAAGGCGGCUCAGGAACACACCGGGGCCUUUGACAACCAGCUCCUUAAAAGGGUGUCGGACUGUCAUGUGAGUUCCUGCACCUUUUCUUUCCCAGGUCUCGCCAUCCCUAACCUUCUUCCACCCAAGUUUAGUUUUACAUUUCUUUUUCAGUAGUGUUUUUCUUACUCUUGGUUUUACUUACUUUCCUCAACAUCUUAAAAUCUGUUUCCUUAAUAAUCGAUUAUAAAUACAGCCAGUGCCUGAGGGCCUGUGAGCCAGCUGUCUCCCAGUUUGCUGCAUCCCUAGUAAGCCUGGUGCACACUUAAGAUCAUGGCAUUUAGAGCUGGAAGAGACCCCAUUUAGAACUGAGGAAACUGAGGCCCAGCACCUUGACAUGGAAGCUCAGCAGUGUUCUGAGGCUUAGCGUGUCUUCUCAGUGGUAACAUGCCCACCUUUCUGGGCCUAGAGAGGAGGGCACAGAGAUCCCAGGAUAGGAAACAGAGUGGUUAUCCUGCUUCCUUAGGUGGGGAGGAAACCCCCUAGUCUGGAGUCUGAGCAGACAGGAAAGUGGCUGAGAGAACCCUUCCCAAGACAGCCCUGUCAGUAGGAGGCUGGCUGGGCAGAAGGGCUCCUAAUCCCAUCCCCUCUUGUUUCCUGCCUGUGGGGCUUGCUGAGUCCUGUCCUGGCUCUUUGGGGGAAGGGAAAAGAAGCUGCCCAGGACCCAUAUACCACCAUCCCCCACCGUAGACUGUUAGAAUCAUAGCAUGUAGAGCUGGAAGAGUGCUAAUUGGACCCCAAGAUGUCGGGUGACUUGCCCAAGGUCACAGGGGUACCAAGUAAGACUGAACAUGAGCUGAGUCUCCUCUGUUCGGUCCUUCUACCCUUCCUAGACCUAGGCCUUCCCCAUCAGGGCCCCUGCCCUGGCAGUGUACUUACCUCAGUGCCCAACUUCUCACCAGGCCAUCUCUCAUGUGUGAAAGAAUAAAAAGAUCGCCAAGCAAUCAGGGCGGGCUUUCUGAGGCUACAACUUGGCUGUUGAGCGCGUUGCUGCGUCACUUUCUCUCACUACCUGGGAGCAGGAACAGUGAGUGACCCCAAGCUGGAAUGGUCACCUUGGGAGGCCAGAAUGGGAAGGGACUCCCCGGCACCCCGAGGGCGGCAUCGAAAUAGUAAAUGGCUGACCGCAGGGUCCAGAUUCA